CAUUAACCAAUACCCAUCACAAACGAAUGUAUGCUCUCUCUCUCUUCGAGUAGAGAUCAGGGCACAGAGGGUUAGUAUAGUGUGACAGCGUGGUUUACGAAGGGCAACGAGUGCCAUAUUCUAUCUGAGUCAUGCCAAGCUAUACGUCAUAGCUGUAUGACUCGCCCAUCGAAAUCCUAUGUUGCCACCACCGUGUACACUAGAACGCGAGAACUCAAUAUCUAAUGAGAGCAUCCGAAGAAUCUAUGUAUAGGCUCUACCCAAGAUCCGCGCAGCCUUUGACUUCUCGCCCGACCGCGACGCACAUCGUCUUUUGAAUUACCCCGCCAGCCAUAGUACUUAUUCCACCCAAUGCUCCAGCAUCUCCCCCCAAUUCGAGCCUGCAUUUUUGACGUCGACGGCACGCUCAUAAACUCCGAAGACAUCUACACCGACAUCUACAACAAGAUCCUCGCCUCACACAACAAACCCCCAUACCCCUGGCGCAUUAAAGCCACGCAGCAAAGCCGCGGCACGCCUGGCACACAGCGUCUCCUGGACUGGGCCGAACUCCCUCUUACAGUCCAAGAAUGGCAGCAGAAAGAGAAGGCCUACACCCACCUCUUCACCGCGAGCAAAGUCCUGCCAGGCGUCGAGAAGCUGCUCGAGGACCUUGCAACCAGAACUGCGCACCAGCUACACCUCUCGCUCGCAAGCUCGGCUGGUGCAUCAAAGUUUGCGCUUAAGACUUCUCAUAUUCCCAGCAUCGCCAAAGCGUUCGCGGAUAAGAGAUUCCACGUCUUUGGCGAUGAUCCGGAGAUGAGCGAUGCGAAGAAGAAGCCUGAGCCUGAUAUAUUUCUCCUUGCGCUGAAGCGGAUUAACGAGGCAGCGAGACAGGCGGGAGGAAAGGAAGUUGAUGCCAUGGAGUGCCUUGUAUUUGAGGAUUCAAUUGCCGGGGUGGAAGCGGCGCGGAGGGCGGGGAUGAGGGUCGUGUGGGUGCCACAUCGGGGUCUUGCUGAAGUGUGUGAAGGCAGGGAGGAGGAGGUGCUUAUGGGCAGAACGGAGGCGGACGGGAAGGUGCCGAGGUAUGGAGAAAAGAUUGGAGCUGAGGCGAAGAAACUCGAACCUGCGGAAGAUGGGCGGUUGAUCUCGGAGGAUGGACUGGCAGAGAUGAGGGCGAGUUUGGAGGGCUUUCCAUAUGAGACUUAUGGGAUUCGAAUUGCUGGGCAAUGAAGGCGAAAAGAAGAGGGCGAGGCAGCAUGUGGUAUAGGAGCAAUAGAAGAAAAGUAGAGCUGGUGAGCGGCGGAGUUUCACAGAUGCUGC